CAGUCUUUCUCCCGUUUUACUUUACACCCAAAAACUUAGAACGCUCUUUUUCAUAUGAACGCAGCCGCCACGAAUCUUCAAUGAACAACCCGACACGACCCCGGCCCACAAUGGAAAUCAAUGGAACUUCCCGCCACAAUGACCACCCAAAAUCCCCAUCAACCGACCGAUUCCUUUGCGUUUACCCUCAAGGGCCGCCAUCCAACCACCCUUCCUCGUCCUCCUUUUCCGCUGUCGCGGAAGAGCUGAACGAAGAUGAUAUCUUUUUCUCCGGCGACUUCUCCGACAACUCCAACGGCUCCAACUCCGUUGGCGGCCUCCAAAAUCCCCUCCACCAAACGACCUCUCCUUCCUCUAGCCCCCGUAACCAUAAAUCCUUCCCUCAAUCCGGAAACUUUGGAAUCCUUGCCGCCAUCCGUGACCCUUCCCGCAGGCACUCCCAUUUCUACCAAAAACCCUCAAUUUCGACAUCAGUAUCCUCUUCAUCCUCUGCCACUUCAGCAUCUUCCUCCUCUUCUCGUUUAAUCCCUUCGAUUCCGAAACCGCCGCAGGAACGAAUUCCAAUCGCUUCAUCUUCCUCUUCUUCUUUAGGAAGGCUUCAUCAAUCUGCCCCGGUUAACGUGCCGAUGCUGGCGAAAACAACGAGGAAAAACAGACACUUUGACAAUUACGACGUGGACGUGCAGGAAGAAGGGGAAAUGUUGCCGCCGCAUGAGAUUGUGGCAAGGAGCUUAGCAAAGUCCCCUAUGUUGUCUUGUUCUGUGCUCGAAGGCGUGGGAAGAACCCUGAAAGGAAGGGAUUUAAGGCAAGUAAGGAAUGCUGUUUGGAGACAAACUGGGUUUCUUGAUUAAUUGAUUAAGGAAUUUGUGUUUUGAUUUUUUUUUUUUUAAUUUUCUUUUAGGGUUUUCAUUAUUGACUUUUGGAUAUGAAAAAGUAUAAAUGAUCGAUUAAUGUAAUCAAAAUUUGACUUUUUUUAUGUAAUUUAAUUCUUUUUGUUAUGUGAUUUAGUAUUUUUGGUUGUGGAUAAAAUGUGAAAAAGAAAAAGCAAAGAAAGAAAUUUACAGGUUAUAGUGUAAGAGUUUAGAAACUUAAAAGUUAAUUCAUCUAUGCUUAUUGUAAAGUCAUCUAAGUAAUAUUUGUUAAAUUAUAUAAAGGGAGUCCUUUACUAGUUUUAUUGGUA